GCAUUGAUAAUAAUGAAUAACAAACCGACGAGAGAGAGAUCAGAGGUCAUGGGAUGGGAAUGACCUUAGGCCUCCCUGCUGCCUCCUGUAGCCUGUUUGCUCGCCUGUAGAAAAACAAUAAAGAACUGGUAGGUAGCCUAGCUAGGCCAAGCUGAGCCAGAUUAAAAUGACUACAAAUAUUAGAACAGUGGUACAGGGGGAAGCUUUGGAGUCAGACUCGGACUCGGAUGAUGCAAUGCCUGCUCCAGUGGAAGAUGACAGUCGUGUCCCUGGAGAAGCACCUGAAACAGAUGAUGAAGAAGAUGAACUUACAAACUUGAGCUGGGAGCAUGAAGAGUCAAAGCUUCAGCUUGGAAGCUUCCCACAUUUGAAAGUUGAAACUGGUCCAGGAUUGAACGCAGCAGAAACAAACGAAAAGUUAGCAAACUUGCAAGAACAAGUUAAAAAUUUAGAAAGAGACCUACCAAAGUAUGAUACAUUAUUACAUAGGAAGCUCCGCGAGAGAAACAUAGCGCUGCAUCGAGAUAUGAAUGAGGUAAUCUCACAAGCCUUUCAGAAUGCUCGUAAGGAUCUUUCCAGCUCCAGUCAGCAGCUUUCUCGUACCCAAAGUGUUAUCCAAGAUGCUUGUCAUACUCUACGAAUAUUCUCAAAUGAUCUCAAAUCUAUGGAGGAAAAAUUAGACAUUAUUAAAGGAAACAAUAACAUUCCAAAACUUACGGUUCCACUAAUGAAUCGACAAGAUACAGCUAAAGUGGAUUCUUAGGUGGUGCUAAUAUUUAUACCAAUAUAUAGAGGGUGCUAUUUGCAUUGAUACGCAGAUGUAUGUUUCCAUAACACUAGUUUUGCGGAAGUAAAGCAGUUGCUUUUUGCAUACAGAUUUGUUGUCAUAAUGCAGUUAGCCUUCGGAUACCAGGGCAUUUGUGGUUAUGCUGCUAGCCUUCAUAAACCAGGAUUUAGCAGUUUUGCUGUGUGUCUUUUUGGUAAUUUUCUCGCAAUCACAGCAAAAUCGAACCUUCUAAGAGGCAUGGUAAUGAAUGGAUCUUUCUGGAGUAUCAAUCAGAACAGCACCAGGAAUAUGCAUGUCCAAAAACACUCGUGUUGUGCGACAAACACACAUUUUUAUGUACAUUUACGCUAUUGUUUUUGUGGGACCUUAGCAACAGUAUCCAAGGGGCGGAGAUUUGCAUAAAGUUCCACUAUAGGUGCUUCCUAUGAAAUAGCUUAAAAUCCGUUAAUUUAAACAUAGAAAUAUAUAAUAUAUUUGAUUAUAGAAGAUUAAAAACACAGAAUCUAGUGACAUAUAUACACAUUCUUGGUGUUUUGAAAUACAAUUAUUUUAUGAAGGAAAGUCUUACAAUGCAACAGUCUCAAUAAAAUUAUUACAAAAAAACAUACAAAUAUUGAGGGCAUCAGUGUAGCCUAUGUAAGCCCUCACUGUGCAUGACUAUGUCAAAGCUCAAUGAAUAUAAUUAGGCAUAUUCACUAUAUUUCUGUGCAGUUCAAACUACAAGAAAACUUGUAUUAAAUUUACCUCUAAAACAUGAA